UUCUCGAAGUUUUUGCUGCUUUAAUUUUAAUUCCAAAAUGAUAAGUUUUGGUAUGAAAUAGAUGAGCAAAAUGCGUCAAAGAUGUUUUGCGAUAUAAGAAGAGCCUUUGGUGUAGAGCUGUAAAUAAUUAUUUAUGAUUACUCUGAAUAUAGACUUAUUUUAUACUUAAUGCUUUUACAAAGGUUUGUAAAAUUUAUUCCCUUUUUAUCAGAUAAUCAUAAUAAAUCAAAUGAAUUUAUAAUAUCUGAGGCUUAUUUUACAUGGUGCACUUGUGAACUGGAUCGUUUCAAGAAUAAUAUAAUUACAAUAAAAAAUGAAGAUAUUGACUCUAUACUGAUUGAAAAUAAUAAUGAUUGCACUGUUGAAUUUCACAUAUCUAAAUUUAUUGAAGAAAUUAAAGAUGACAAAUGUCAUAUAUUCUCCAAAACUGAUGUGAAAACAAAAGAUUUACAGAUUGAAAAUAUUAUAAGAAAAUUAUAUAUUUGUCCUGAUUGCAUUAAUAAAAUUAAAAGAAAAUGUCAUCUAUGUAUAGAGAAUACAGAAAGUUUUUGUGGCAUUUGUACAAUAAAAGAAUAUAUUCAUUUCAAGUUAAAAAUGGAUAUCCAGUUGUUUUCUUAUCUUGUGAUAGAACUAGAAAGGUCUCCUGCAUUUCGUGCAGCAGUUGUGAACAAUUUGUAUCAUUUUUAUAGUGAAAAGCAUCCAAGUAACCAGUUGUUUCAGAAGAUAUGUGAUAUUUGUCAAAAUACUAUUGAAAUAGUGACAGUAUCUGUUCUUAUUUCUUGGCCAAAAUAUUGUUUAAUGGAUAAAUUAUGGAAUAAAAGAAUAAGUUUACUUGUUAAUGAAAGAUGUGAGGUGGAAAAUGCCAUGUCUUGGCUUUCAACACUUGGUGGUGCAUAUUCGUCAUUGGGUGAUUACUUUUUAUAUUGUGCAAAACAAGCAGAAAAUAUAUCAUUACAGCAAUUCAAGCUGGCACUGAAAUUAGGUGAUCCUCUAACAAUUGCCAGAUGUAAAAUAUAUUUUGCUAUGAGUUUAGUUCAACAGGGUUAUUAUACAGAAGCUAAAAGAAUUAUUAGGACACAGUAUUCAUUUUCUCUUACGAAGAUGGGACGUCUGGAUUUUAGACUUUCCAACAUGUGCAAGGCAAUCUGGAACAAAUUGAAAUAUCUAGAAUCUGGUGACAGUUUAUCAACUCAUGCCCAAAAAACAUAAUAAAAUAUAUUUAUGUACUACAUAAUACAUCUCUAAAUAACUCCUUAGUUGAUUACAUAGGAUAGCAUGUUUAUUAAUUUAGUUUUGAGAACAUUGAUUAGAUGUACAGUACAGUACAGUCUGUACAUUUAAAUGAAUAUGCAAUCUGGUAAAUUAUUGUUUUUAAAAUUUCAU